AUGAAGCAAGAUCUGUUGUAUGUUUGCAGUGUAUAUAUUCCUCCACAGAACUCUCCUAGAGAACAGAGAUUAGUCUGUGGCCAUUUUGAGUUAUUACAAGAAAAUAUUUAUAAAUUUUCAAAAUCAGGAAACAUUUUAUGUGGAGAUCCCAAUGCCAGAUUAGAUACUUUAGACAACUAUGUUCAUGAAAUGGAUGGGGUAACCUUUCCAAUGACAGUUCUUACUAGCUCAAUUGAACCACAUAAGUCAAGGAACAUUCAUAUUAAUACGUAUUGGAAAGCAUUAGCUGAGUUAUGUUGUGGGAAUGAGUUGAUUAUUUUAAACGGCAGGAUGAAAGGAGAUUAUAUAGGUCAGUUUACUUGCCACACAUAUAAUGGGGCUAGUGUGGUCGACUAUACUAUGGUAUCCUCAGAGAUUUUGCAAUCAAUCAAGCAUUUUAGUGUGUCAAAUACCACAGAAUUCUUGCAUCAUUGCUUCCUUUCUUUUGCAUUAGAAGCGGAGCCUCGAUUGGGAGUAGAUAAAGGAGAAACUUCAGAAUUGCUCCUACUGCCUGCAUCAUUUGUUUGGAGUGACGACUUAAAAAAUACUCAUUGUGAAAAUUUUAUUAAUAGCAAUGUUUCAGGUGAGGUGAAUACUUUACUUGAAUCAUUAAAUGAGACUGAUUCGGUAGUGAGCAAGUUUACUGACGUUAUAGUUAAUGUUUUGAGAAAUGUCGUAAAAAUUAGAAAUAGGCAAACACCAAAAAAGAAACGAAAGCGCACAAUCCAAAAACAGAAAUAG